UACACGAUCACUUGUGUAUGGUGUGUGUGUGAAGAACAUAAGUAUAAGGUUGAAAUAUCACAAGAAGGAUGCAGAGAAAGUCAAACAGUGCUUGCUCUAAAGAAAGGGGGUAGGUGGGGGAUGAAGAAGGAAGAGAACCUUUUGACUCACACUAUUCUACUUAUCACCUAUAAUUUCAAUACGAUUUUCUCCCUCUGUUACACACACACAAAGUAAAAAAAUUUUAAGUACUAUUUGUAGUCAUUAUUUGUGUCAACCCUACAUGAACGUUAAAAUUAUGCACUGAUCAUCUGAUUUAACAUUGAUGUAGACAGAGCUCCUUCCAAACAGCUCAGGUGUAUAACCUCAAACAUUUUCUCCAAUAUUUCGAUACUAUUAAGACAUCAGUGAACACACUGUGAUUAGUGUACUUGCUCCUUGGAGAAGACAGCAACCAAAGGUAGCAGAAAUUAUUAAAAUGGCACUGAAGUCUUCCGAGAUUAAGACCAGCUACAAAUCUUAUUUUUCCUAACAAGCUCAAAAACAGCAAACCCCAAAAACAAGCCCUCUGAUAUCCUCCAAAACUCGUGCAAAAACAUCUACAGAAAUCUCCGAGAUGGAGCAGAUGAUACUAUAUGCAAGUGUGAUGUCACUUAAUCCUUACGGAGGCCCUGGAGUGUCAGAUUUUGCACGAGUUCACUCGUUCUACAGAUGAGCCAAGACGAAGUGCACGCCGAGUGACCUCAUGGUGGUGGGUAUGUGCUGUGCGGGACACACACACACACACGCACACACUCACUCCCUGCGCUGCCAUGCCCUUCCCUCUCCUCCCUCCCUCCUUCAUCAGCCGCCAGCCCCAAGGCUGCAGACGUGGGUCCCACGGCGGGGAACACGCUAGCAAAGAUCCCCUGCCACAUCUCUUCGGACCAGAGGAAGAGCUGGGGAGGAGACGCCUGCGGCUCCGCUUUCCUCCAGGUCUGCGAUGGGCCUGGGGGGAGGGGAGGGGCUGGCCCCACAUCGGCCAGGAGAAAGGGUCUCGCGGUUUUUUGAUCGGGCUAGCCUCAGGGCCUCAGACCAUGAGCCUCCUACUUACAGCCUCCUGCAUAGCUGGGACCCACAGCUUCUGGAAUUUCUGAGCAGCCCUACUCAGUGCAAGAUGGACCCUGUAGUCUUGAGUUAUAUGGACAGUCUGCUGCGCCAGUCAGAUGUCUCACUGUUGGAUCCUCCAAGCUGGCUCAAUGACCAUAUUAUUGGGUUUGCCUUUGAGUACUUUGCCAAUAGUCAAUUUCAUGACUGCUCAGACCAUGUCUGCUUCAUCAGCCCUGAAGUCACCCAGUUCAUCAAGUGCACUAGCAACCCCACAGAGAUCGCCAUGUUUCUCAAACCCCUGGACCUUCCAAAUAAGAGAGUUCUAUUUUUAGCCAUCAACGAUAAUUCCAAUCAUGCAGCUGGGGGAACCCACUGGAGUUUGUUGGUUUAUCUCCAAGAUAAAAAUAGUUUUCUUCAUUAUGAUUCCCAGAGCAGAAGCAACUCAAUCCAUGCAAAGCAGGUAGCAGAGAAACUAGAGGCUUUCUUAGGAAAGAAAGGAGAUACACUGGCAUUUGUGGAAGAGAAAGCUCCUGCCCAACAGAACAGCUAUGACUGUGGAAUGUAUGUGAUAUGUAAUGCUGAGGCCUUGUGCCAGACCUUCUUUAGGCAACAGCCAGACUCACUGCAGCUACUCACCCCCACAUACAUUACAAAGAAGAGGGGUGAAUGGAGGGAUCUUAUUGUCAGGCUUGCUAAAAAUUACUGAAGAAUAUCUGCAACUUUCCAAGUCUCCUCUGCGGGGGCCUUGUCCUUUUUAUUGUGCCUGAAGGAACAUGCCUAGUAGUUGGAACCUUAGUAUUCUUACUCUUUUUUUAAUGUCAUCUUUUCUGUUAGCUAACAAAAAGUUUCUCUUUAACCCCAACUUGAGAACAGUAUGUUCUGUGAAAAUGUC